UGGGGCGCCCGCACAGCAAAAAUGGAAAUCAGCUGAUGCAGCAGCCAGAGGAAUCUGGGCUGGACACCAGGAAGACAUAGCCAGAGGUUCCCAGAGAAAAGCUACCAAGCCUGAGAAGGGUCAUGUGUGAUGAAGACCUGCUAUACGUGCUCUGUGCCUGCAAGCAGGACAAGACAAAAUUGGCCAAGUGUAGUGUGAGGGACUGAGGUUAGACAACAAGCAAGACUUGGACUUGAGAACCCCCAGAUUCAAAUUCCAGAUUAACUUGUCGGAUUUAGGAAGCAGCAGUGGACAGAGCACUGAGCCUGACUCAGAAGACCAUCUGCUUUAUCUGAAGAUUUUCAGCUGAUGAAGAGUUAGGAGGCUCAAACACCAUCUUGUCUGGGUCCGGGACAAGUGAUUUGGAGGGCGUACUCUUCCCUGGAAGGUCUCUCCAGGGCAGGAUGGCCCAGGAGCUCAGCGAGAAGGAGCUAUUGAAGCUGGAGGUGGAGCAGCUGAAGAGGGAGAUGAAGAACCCGAGAGUCCUGAUUUCCAAAUCGGGAAAGGAAAUCAAGGAUUACGUGGAGGCCCAAGCAGGAAGCGACCCUCUUCUCAAAGGCGUCCCUGAGGACAAGAAUCCCUUCAAGGAAAAAGGCACCUGUAUGAUAAGCUGAUGGCAUCGAACUCCUCGCCCUGAGUGUCUGCCCCUCCUCAGCCAGGACCAAGUGUCCCAGGACACCCAGGGUACCAGUGAAUCCUAACCCCUCUCAGUCACAGAUGAGUAAAGAUAC